CCAACGCGACGCGUGUAAAUAAACAAUGAUCAAUCUGCGGCAAAGCACUCCAAGGGAUGCGAUAACGUGCAUGCCGCGACGCGUGCGCGUCUGCUCAGUCUACUGUCGGGGUGCCGUUUUCAACCCCCCUCGAACCACCAAGUCACCCUCGCGUUCUGCGCGUCGCAAGCACCUCGAUGAGACCGACCCUGAGACGCGCUACUUUUUCCGUUACAUUAGUUUUCGCUCGUCUACGAUCGCACGGGUGUCAGAAGAAUUCAUCGAUGGUAACCCGCAAUUAAAGCUACCACGCAGCGUCCCGUUAUCGCGAGGUGUGCGCAAGACGAGAGUUAUUGAUUCUUAUUGCGAACGGACGGUGAUAAUUCGACGAGCAUACUCGGAGCACACCUGGUCGCCAAGGUAAGCGGCGACGUGUGUUUCACCUAUUUUCGUCAUCGCUGUGAUUUCGAUUGUUUUAAGGUGUGUCUCAAUGCGUUACAUUGAGGGUUGCCAAGAGGUUGCAACCUUCAUGGAUUGUUAAUCGAUAAAAGAUGGGCACAGGAAUGUGAUAUGAUCUCGAUGUAUUGUUGUUGUUACUCACUGUUUCUUUUUAUUUAUAAGUGAUCUCCACGUAGUGGACAAUUUAUCCAAGGGACGUUCUGGGAUCGUCCUUAGGAUGUAGAAACGUCUUCUGAACGUUUCUAGAACGUCUUUAGAAUGUAGGAAUGUCUUCUGAAAGUGACCUUCUUUGGGACGUUUAUUAGGGGUCUGUUCUACAUGGAUUGUUAUGGACUGUUUGAAGUGCUAGUGUAAUCUACAUUAAUUCUUAGAAGCCAAGAUGAAGAUCGGACUGUUGAAGCACUUUAUGCACUACUUCAACCUGAGGCAGGGUACGAUAGUAAUCGCCAUAUUCCAAAUGUUAACGUCCGGGUUGGGUAUGAUAUUCUUCAUUCUGGGUGUGACGCACGCAUUGGGAAUUCAAGAAAUGUUGGCGAGAGAUACCGAAGAUGCACUCGAAAGGGAGGCCUUGGAGGAGAUAUCAUCGUUCCAUCUCAACAAAGAAAAGUUGGAACUGGCGCAUCACACUGCAACCGAAUUGGAAUACGCGAUGUAUUGCGGCCUCGUCAUCACAGUUAUCCAUUUCAUCUCUAGCGUGUUACUUCUCUAUGGGGCUUUGACGAGCAAUCGUCAUUUUAUGACGCCAUGGAUGAUAGUCAAGAUCACUAUCAUAGCAGCCCUAGCGAUCUCAUUAUUCCUGGUAGAGGAGGAUUGUCCUUUCCUCGCUAGUCUAGGCGGAAAAGCUGAUAUUUGCCAACGCCUAAUCGUCUUUUUCCUGAUAAUCGCGAGCUUUUACGUCUGGUUCGUGGUGUACAGUACUUAUAAGAGCCUUGAGACAAAGAAGGGACUUACGCACGAAGUGCACAUUAUGAAAAAAAAGUACGCAGUACCCGUACCGCUGGAGGUACCAAAAGCGGUCCAGAUUUCGGUGAACAAACCUUACGAAAUUUAAAAAUAUUAUGAAAUAGCAAUGGAGAAUUUUUUUGUCAAUGUACGGUUUUACGGUUUUACGUAAAUUACGAAGAUGAGGAAACCUCGUAAUUUACCCCGUAAAACCGCAAGAUUCAAUCGCGAUAAGAUCUCAGUGACGUAGAUACAUUUUAAAAAAUCAUGUGCUUUUGGACAAGUUUGGAAAUUGGGAUGGCAAUUUAGAGAUGAUUACAAAAUCGUGAAAUAAAGUACGAAAGUGAAGUCUCGAAAGUGAAAUAAUUGAUUGCAAAUUGACGGAAGGUAAUAAAAACAUGUAUCGCACGUAUAGGAUAAAGAAAGUAAAGCUCAAGAUCUGCAAGGAA